ACAAGCUGUUUGAAAAAAAGGUGUAGCCACGGACACCAAGGAAGUAGUGAACCUUGUACUUUAUAAUAAAAUCAAUCUGGCGUGAGAUACAGUGGUUAUCGCUGUGAACAGGAAACAUUACUGCACGGUACAGUACAUUUAGUUAAAUCCAUAGUUAGUUUGUUCCGUGAACUUUCAAGUGGCAUAGUAAAUCAAAGCAGUUAGCUAAUGUUAGCUUGUUGCUAACUAGGCUAGCUAGCAGUAGUUUACUAAGAAACUUUUAAUCUUUCACUAUUACUGUCAUACAAUCAUAUUUAUACAUUUCACCUAAAUAAACAUAGCUAUGUAACGUUAUGUGUUUACUGUUAGUGAAAUAUAGGCUAUGUUCUUGUACUGGCUAGGCAAUCAAUGUUCUGGGAAUUGUAUCCUAGGACGCUCAAGUCCCAACAUGCCCAAGUACAGCAGGCAGCAGCUGUCCCUUGAAGAUUGGCCCGUCUAAUAAAUGAAAAAAAUAUAUAUAUAUGUGUUUGGAUUUUAAUUGAACACCUUCACAAAAACAAGGUCCCCUGAGAGAAGAGGUGUGAGAUGGAGAGAGAGAAGAAGAAGAAAUGGAGGAGAGGAAGGGGACAAGAGAAAACGGAGGGUGAGAAUCAAGUCGGUGGUGGAACCAUAGAGACGGGACAUGAUCCUCUUGAUCAGAUGAGGAAUAAGACUGUCAACAGAAUAACACACUUUCCCAUAGAUAAGAUGGGCCACCAUCUUGGAGAGGAAGUGUCACGUAGGGAAGGACAGACCGAGGGAGAGGGAGAAACUGCCAGUGUGUCUGCAAUUAGAAACAAAGAAGAAAGUGGAAUUCAAAAGGGGACGGAGAAGAUGGAGGAAAUGAAUAAAGGACUGAUAACAGUUACAGACCGAGAUAACGAUGAUGGGGACCCUGUCUCCAUCCCUCCUUCUCUCUCCAUCUCUCCUCCCUCCAUCUCUCCUCUCUCCAUCUCCACCCUCUCAUCCCCCUCUCCCUACUUCCUGCCUCCUCUCUCCUCCUCGUUCUCUCCCGUCCCGUCCCUCACCCCUCCCCUUCCCCCGUCAGUAGAGCUGUGUGCGGUGCUCACCGACACUAGACUGACUCUGGAUGUAUACCACGGUGGGACUGCUGUGCUCCAGGUACUAUGGGUGUCUGUCCCUGGGCAGCUGAGGGGCCUGCAGUACCUCCGACUGGGCUCGGAGGACAGGGGGGCGCUAGAGGGAGCCCUGGAGGUCCUACCGCACCUCACACAGCUACGCUCACUGGCUAUUAGAGGACACUGUUUCCAUGACGCCCAUGGUGACCCCCUCCCCGGCCUCCUCACCUCUCUUCCUCCCUCUCUCUCAUCCCUUUCUCUCCUCGUCCACCUGGACCUCUCCUUCAACCUCCUCUCCUCCUUCCCUCCCUGCCUCCUCACCCUCCCCCUCCUCUCCACCCUCCUCCUGGGUCACAACCACCUCACUGAUCUUCCGCCCUCCUUCGGGCCUCUCCCUGCCCUCCGCUACCUCUCUCUCCUGGGGAACUCUCUGGCCUCUCUCCCCCCCAGCAUGGGCCAGCUGAAGAGCCUCCACACCCUGGAUGUCUCCUAUAACCUCCUGGAGACAUUACCUGAGGAGAUGGGUGCGCUGGAGGAGCUGGUUAAACUGGAGCUGUCACACAACAGGCUAAAGAAGCUGCCUGAGACCAUGGGCUGUCUCCUGUCUCUCAGGGACCUGGUGAUCCACAGUAAUGACCUGCGUGUUCUCCCCGUCUGUCUCUGUCUGGACAAACUGGAUAAGUUAAAGGUAGACGUAAGGAACAACCCCCUGGGAAGACCCCCAACCCCUCCACCGCUACCACCCACACCUGACCAGGUGGAAACACGCGUUCCAGAGUUACACCUUGGACUGAAUCGACACAGGUUCUGUGUGUCGUCUGCUGGUUGUCAUGUGUUCCUCCCAGGGGGAGCGGAGCUACUGUUUCCCUCGGGUUGCCUAGCGACGACCACCACGCUGCAGUGGGCGGAGCGUAAGCCAGAUAGGAAAUGGGUGUGGUUAGAGGAGCAUGACUUCCUGCUGAGUCGACCACUGGAACUCCUCCCACACAGGAUCUCCUUUUUAAAGCCAGUGGAGGUGUGUGUACCGUACCACCGGUCCAGGAGAGGGGAGGUGGUUGUGAGGAGGUUUGAUGGACAGCAGUGGAGUACACUACCCACUGAGACCAGAAGGGGCAGUAUAGGACACAGCAGUCACCCCGGAGGACGACCUGCCAGGCUGGCCUGCGUCUCAGUGAGACAGUUUUCCUGGUUUGUGGCAGUGGGUCGUCCAGUCAGGGACAGUUGCUCUGUGACACCAGAGGGGACGCUGUUGGUGUCACGUACAGACGCAGGCAUCAAACUGACCUUCCCCCCGGACUGCACUGUUCAGACACGCACCAUCACUCUACAGGUGUUACAGGUGUCUGUCACUGAGGUCCAGACGUUGUGUGGAGACCCUCAGGCCAGAGUCAGUCCCCUCCUCUGUCUCUCUCAAGACCCCAGCAUCCAAUUCCUCCAGCCAAUCAAGGUGCAGGUCCCUCUGCCGACUGGACUCGCUGGUCAUACAGUAGACCUGUCCUGUCUCCACCUGCUUCAUGGAGACCCCAGCGCCCACACCUGGACAGACAUAACCUCACAGGUGUCCCUCUACGUCACCCAGCUGUACGCUAUCUUCUACAUCACUCACUUCUCCUGGUACUGGCUGUGGUACACUACCCAGCGCUGUGUUAGCGGUGUGGUCCGUAGGGUCUACCAGAGACUGAAGCAGUUCCAGGUUCAGUUCCUUGUGCUACAGAGGAGAACAGACCCCAAACAGGUUCUGCUACAGUGCCUGCCUGCUGACAAGGUGGACAACAGAGUACAGUCUCUGUCAGAGCAGUACGAUGGCCCACAACCCUCAGACCUCUGUGACCUGUUGGAGGGAGAGCAGUUCUUCGCUGGCUUCGAGAGGGGCCUAGACGUCAGCGCAGAUAGACCAGACUGUGCGGAAGGGAGACUGUCGUUUGUGUUCUACUCUCGGUUGAAGAAUCUCAAAGAGGUGUACGUUUGUCCUACACAGAAGCAGGAGGGGUCAAUCAGGGGUCAGGUGUCUUUCUAUCGAGGGGAGGUUCCCAGUGACAUACCACAGGAAGUGGCCAGGAAAAGGAAAGGACAUGACAGCCAAUGGCUGGCCACUUUACCACUCAGACUUCCUGGCCUAAACUCAGAGGGUGGUAGUAAUGGUAUGGACUGGGAGCAGCCCCAGUACCCUCCAUUGAACCUGGGAGACCCAGAGAGCGGGUACCUGACUGAGGCUAACCUGCUGGCCAUCUCCCUGCAGAUCGGACAGGACUGGAGGUCCAUCGGCAUCAACCUGGGAAUCAGCUACCAGGAGCUGGACCGCAUACAGUACAAAUACAGAGACAACCUAGGGGCCCUGGUGUUGGAGAUGCUGUUCCACUGGGCCCGGGGUCAGCAGCAGGAGGGUGUUGGGUUGCGUCCCGCUGGAGGUCCAGGCCAGAAGGGUAUUGGUGCAGUGCCCAGGUUGGUAGAUGCCAUGGUGGAGAGCGACAGGAGGGACCUGGCUGAGGAGAUUAAAGACAUAGUGAGGCUAGGAACCCGGAAGUAUAAUGAGUCACUGAGGAGGGUGGGCCUAGAAGAGGAAGAGAAGAGGCCUUCAGCAGAAACAGAUCCCUCACCUUCACACUGAACCAACUGACAGGAAGUAUAGAGAGCCAAUGAGGAGAGUGGGGUUACAGGAAGAGACCACCUCAUCUUCACACUGAGGAGAGUGAGGUUACAGGAAGAGACCACCUCAUCUUCACACUGAGGAGAGUGGGGUUACAGGAAGAGACCACCUCAUCUUCACACUGAGGAGAGUGGGGUUACAGGAAGAGGAGAUGACUGAACCCAUCCCUUCAUUCUGAAGCAGUAGACUGAACUCAGUAAAACACUGGGGUUUAAAGUAACUGUUUCUAUGAAAUGUGACCUAUAAUUAGGUUUGAGAACAAGACUAUCAGCUGUAGAGAGACAUGAUCAGACUGAGCUGAGACUAUCAGCUGUAGAGAGACAUGAUCAGACUGAGCUGAGACCAUCAGCUGUAGAGAGACAUGGGCAGACUGAGCUGAGACCAUCAGCUGUAGAGAGACAUGAUCAGACUGAGCUGCGACCAUCAGCUGUAGAGAGACAUGAUCAGACUGAGCUGAGACCAUCAGCUGUAGAGAGACAUGAUCAGACUGAGCUGAGACCAAGACCCUGGACUAUUUCACUUGUGUGUUCCAGCCCUGCUCAGCUGCAGAGAUGGUGGCUCCACACUAGGUACAGAUGGCAGUCUUACUCUUGACUAACUUGAACACCCGCCAUGUGUAGUAUGGUCUGGAUAGUGAGUACCAUAACCCAGCCGCCAGCCAUUCAGCUGCUCUAAUGAUGGCUGUUAGAACUGUAGCACAGAGAAGAAGGAAAACAACAUAUGCUGCUUACAGGGUUGGGGUGAAUUCCAUUUCAAUUCCAGUUAAUUCAGGAAGAACACUGAAAUUCUAGUUUUCAAUUAGGAAAAAUGUGGACUUUAAAUUUUGUUUACUUUCUGAAUUGACUAGAAUUGAAAUGAAAUUGACCCCAACCCUGUUUGUUGGACUGGUGUUCUAUUCAAAUCCUGGCACCUCUAUUGAACAAUGUGUUCUUGACUUGCUGAUAAACAGACAGAUGAAGGAAUGGACUCAUCACGCUUGUGUUCUUGUCCUGUUAUUUGUGGCAUCAUUCCUGUCAGAUAUACAAUAUACACCUGUUGAAAUCACCAGAGGUCUUUGUAAACCUCCUGUUGCCUCUGAGCUGAACUCUGAAGUGAUUCAUUUGUGAUGUUAUGAUAUGCCUAAAAUGUUAUGAUAAAGUGCCUUGCAAAAGUAUUCAUCCCCUUGGCAUUUUUCCUAUUUUGUUGCAUUACAACCUGUAAUUUAAAUGGAUUUUUAUUUGGAUUCCAUGUAAUGGACGUACACAAAAUAGUCCAAAUUGGUGAAGUGAAUUGAAAAAAAUAACUUGUUUCAAAAAAUUCUAAAAAAUUAAAAACAGAAAAGUGGUGCGUGCAUAUGUAUUCACCC